CAGUCGAUCAGUUUGAGAAGCAGAUUCGGAUUAUCCGCGCGAAUUCGAUCCACGAAGAAGGCACACGUCGCAUUUGCUGCUAGUGGACAAUGAUUGUUCUAGUGUUGUUUACAGUGGUGCUUAUGCUAGCAGUGUUGAAGUAUGCUAGGUACAGGCAACAGUUAUCUUUCACCAAACUUUUACCGUCGGUUACACCAUGUUAUCCUAUAAUCGGUAAUGGUUUAAUGUUUCUUGGAAAAAGUAAGGAACAACGUUUCAACAAUUUUACCAAGGCCGUUAGUAACCCAGCCAAACUAUUUCUGGUAUGGUUUGGGGUUGUUCCAAUAGUCGCAACAAAUGACCCAAAUAUGGCACAGAAGAUUUUCAACGACCCAGAAUGCCAGGAAAAAUCAUAUCUCUACAAAUUUUUCAAAUUGGAUUAUGGCCUAUUUUCAUCAAGACAUUGUAUUUGGAAAGGGCAGCGGAAAGCUUUAAAUCCAACCUUCAACGUAAAGAUUUUAAACGAGUUUAUUCCAAUUUUUGAUAAGUGCUCUCAGAAUCUAGUGAAAAGGCUCUCUACGGUAGUGGAAGGCAAACCAGUUAAGAUCAUUCCAUAUUUGCUUCAGUGCACUUUGGAAAUGGUGUGUGGAACUACCUUCGGUGUAGAUAUGGAAAAAAAUCCUGAAUGGGCUGAAAUUAUGAAUAUGAUUCAAAGAAUAUUUCAUUUGUCAUCCCAGCGGAUUCUAAAUAUACACUAUCAUUCUGAGCUGAUCUAUCGAUUUUCCAAGAACUACCAGGAAGAAACCGCUUUGAGAGAAAAAGCCUACACUAUUGCGAACGAGAUUUUGCAAGGUGCCAUAGAACGUAAAGCGAGAGAAACUGCUGCGGGGGCGAACGCGACAAGUGAUGGUGAUACAGGAAGUGACUGUUUCCGCAAACCACAGAUUUUUAUCGAUCAACUGAUCGAUCAGGACAUUGGCAAGAAAUUUGAGCACAUCGAGAUAUUGCAUAACGUAUACACGAUGAUUGUAGCUGGUAGCGACACUUCAGGCAACGAGAUGGGCUAUGUCGCACUGAUGCUUGCUCUGCAUCCGGAGCUACAGCAAAAAGUAUAUGCCGAGAUCAUGACCGUAUUUCCAAAAGGAACAGAAUUGUGUUUCAACCCUGAGACGCUGCGGCAGCUACAAUACACCGAAAUGUUCAUAAAAGAGUGUCUUCGACAUUUCCCAAUAGGUCCACAUCUCUUCCGAGAACCAAUGAAAGACAUAGAAUUAGAUGGAAUAACGAUACCCAAAGGAACUAUGCUUUGCGUAAGCAUAUAUCAGAUUCACCGAAGGAAAGAUGUUUGGGGUCUAGAUGCGGACAAAUUUGACCCGGAAAAUUUCUCGCCGGAGCGCAGCGAGGGACGACAUCCGUUUGCAUUUCUUCCGUUCAGCGGAGGAGCUCGAAACUGUAUCGGGAGUCGGUACGCGAUGAUGAGUAUGAAAGUUAUGCUGGUGCAUCUUUUGCGACGUUUCCGGUUCAAAACAAGUUGGUCUUUUGAAGACAUUCGGUUCGAAUUUGAUUCUUUGCUCAAGCUUUCCGAGGAACCGGAGUUCUAUUUGGAACGUCGAACGGAAUCAGUCAGUUUCACGUGAAUCAACCGUAGAAAUCGAAGCAGCUCAGUAAUUAACUUCGCCCUAACCUGAACCUUUCAGCAUUGUGCGCUUUCCGCUUUGACUGAUUACUACUCGGAAGAGUCAUUAACCGGUUAACCGGUUGAUGCAGUAGGAUCGUACAUCAAUGAUACAAAACUUACGCAAUCACAGUGCAAUUCAAAUUAUUCAUAGAUAUAAUUACAUUAUUGACGUGGGACUACGUCUUUGUUUUCUAUACUGGUAUGCAUUCUGUAAAAUUGGAGUUGAAACUGGCAAAUGUUGCGUCAGAUUUCAAACGAUAGUAACAGCGUAACCUCAUGAUGGAUAACAAUAACCAAUAUGUUGUUGGAUAGAUAAAAUGUAUAACAAAUUUGUAAUAUGCUAGUUAUCAUUAUUUUUUCAUUGCAAAGCGCCUUAAAUCCAUAAAAUGUGCCAAGGACAAAUUUACGCGAACAAUGAACCAAUUACAUGCGAGUAUUCCUAGCACAGACGACAUGAAUAGACACCAACCAUUCCCUGCGAUUUACUCUGUAUCAAUAUCCAAAAAGAAAUUGACAGAGUCUCCCCGUCCCAAUAGGUCAAUUUAUGUUUGCUUUCAUGAAUCUAGACUAAUUUGAUGUCUCGAAGGUAAAGGUUUUUCGAAAAGUUUGAAACAACACCUUGCUUUGAACAAUUUCUAAACCUGCUAGUAAUAGGGUUGCUGAUAUUUUAUCGAUAUUUGAUAUUAUCGAUAUUUGCCCCUCGCAAUAUCGAUCUUUUCGAACGAUAUCGGCGCAUUUGAUAUUAUCGAUAUUUCGAUAUUGCGACUCGAUAUUGCUGUCCGAUAUUCUCGGUUGCCAUCAGGGGAGUGCUGCCGUCGAAAUUUUGCCUACCAAUCAUAAAUUCAUCAUGGCAUCAGAAUUAAAUUUAAAAUGCUUACACGCAAUAUAAGAUAUUCAUUGAAAGAGCACAUUAUACUGAAAACAAACGUUAAGGCUUGGUUUCUCCAUUGAUAAAUAUAUUGAUUUGAAAAUAGGUCAAUAGCAAUUAAAGGACGUUUACUCUAUUUCAGCUAUUUUAAGGCAAAUCAACUAAAAAGUAUAGGUACCAGAAUUGUUGGUACUAGAAUCAAUAAGGGAU